AUGAGCUCGAUAUUAAUGUUGCUUUUUGCUGUAAUACUUGUCUGUUUUGGUUGCACGACUGCUGAUUCAGUACCCAGGUUACUCCUCGUGUCCUUUGAUGGCUUCAGAGCUGAUUAUUUGGAAAUCUAUAAACUUCCCCAUCUCCAGGAGUUCAUUGAGGAUGGUGUGCUUGUAAAACAAGUCAUGAAUUCCUUUAUCACCAAGACUUUCCCAAACCAUUACACCAUUGUGACGGGUUUAUAUGAGGAGAGCCAUGGCAUUGUGGCUAAUGACAUGUAUGAUGUAGAUGCUAAGAAAAAAUUUUCACAAUUCAAUGAUUCAGAUCCCUUCUGGUGGGAUGAGGCAGUUCCAAUUUGGGUGACAAACCAGCAGCAGGGAAAGGGAGCAAGUGCUGCUGCGAUGUGGCCUGGUUCUGACGUGAGAAUUAAUGACACAACCCCUCAGUUCUACAUGAAGUACAACUUCUCUGUCACGUUUGAGGAGAGAGUGGAGAAGAUUGUUGGUUGGCUGAACAGCUCCAACCCAGUGGUCAAUUUUGCUGUGUUAUACUGGGAAGAACCAGAUGCAAGCGGGCACAAGUAUGGACCAGACGACACCGAGAACAUGCGCAAAGUACUAGAAGAGGUGGAUAAUCAUAUUGGUUUCCUCAUGAAUAAACUGAAGGCACUAGGUUUGUGGGACACUAUUAAUGUCAUCAUAACUAGUGAUCAUGGAAUGGCCUCCUGUUCUGCAAAGAAGCUGAUUAUCCUGGACGAAUGCAUCGGCCGCAAUAACUACACUCUGAUAGACAAGACUCCUGUUGCCGCAGUGCUGCCAAGACAGAACAAAGAAGAUGUGUAUAACUUACUGAAAAACUGCAACAGUCACAUGAAAGUGUAUCUCAAAGAAGAAAUUCCAGACAGAUUUCACUAUCGUCAGAAUAAGAGAAUCCAACCCAUAAUUCUGGUUGCAGAUGAAGGUUGGACUAUUGUACAGAACGAGUCACUUUCAAAAU